AAUAUGCCGAAGCGGAAACGGAAGCCGCGAUCUGUAAUCUACCUGGUUCCUUUUGGGCCUGAGAGGAAAGGAGAGAAAGAGGCCGUGAGGUCUGACGAGAAGCUGAUCUAAUUUCCUCUGGUUGAAACUUUUACCUACCAAAAUGUCAAAACGACCAUCUUAUGCUCCACCACCCACCCCAGCCCCCACAACCCAAAUGCCAAGCACACCGGGGUUUGUGGGAUACAAUCCAUACAGCCAUCUGGCGUACAACAACUACAGGCUGGGAGGGAACCCGGGCACCAACAGCCGGGCCACGGCAUCAUCGGGUAUUACAAUCCCCAAACCCCCAAAGCCUCCAGAUAAGCCACUCAUGCCCUACAUGAGGUACAGCAGGAAGGUCUGGGACCAAGUGAAGGCAUCCAACCCUGACUUGAAGUUAUGGGAAAUUGGGAAGAUCAUUGGAGGGAUGUGGCGUGACCUCACUGAUGAAGAGAAGCAAGAAUACUUAAAUGAAUAUGAAGCAGAAAAGAUAGAGUACAACGAAUCAAUGAAGGCCUAUCAUAAUUCACCUGCUUACCUUGCCUAUAUCAAUGCCAAAAGCCGUGCUGAAGCUGCACUGGAGGAGGAAAGCCGGCAAAGGCAAUCCCGAAUGGAGAAAGGUGAACCUUAUAUGAGCAUCCAGCCUGCUGAGGAUCCAGAUGAUUAUGAUGAUGGAUUUUCUAUGAAACAUACUGCUACUGCCCGUUUCCAGAGAAACCAUCGCUUAAUUAGUGAGAUCCUGAGUGAAAGCGUAGUCCCUGAUGUUAGAUCUGUGGUUACUACAGCAAGAAUGCAAGUCCUCAAACGCCAAGUCCAGUCAUUAAUGGUUCAUCAGCGUAAACUUGAAGCUGAACUCCUUCAAAUUGAAGAACGUCAUCAAGAAAAAAAGAGGAAGUUUUUGGAAAGCACUGAAUCCUUUAACAGUGAGCUUAAACGGCUCUGCAGCCUGAAAGUAGAAGUGGACAUGGAGAAAAUUGCAGCAGAAAUUGCACAGGCUGAAGAACAAGCCCGUAAGCGGCAGGAAGAAAGGGAGAAAGAGGCUGCAGAGCAAGCUGAACGCAAUCAGACCACCAUGGCCACUGAGGAGGAGCAGGCAGCCAGCAAGGCAGAGGAGAAAAAAGAAGAGGGAACUCCUCCCAUGGAAACAGAAGAACCUCCUCCAGAAGAAGCUAUUGAGACUCAGCAGAAUGGUGAAGGGACGUCCACUCCUGAAGACAAGGAAAGUGGGCAAGAAGGUGUUGAAAGCAUGGCAGAGGAAGGAACAAGUGAUAGCAACACUGGUUCAGAAAGCAAUAGUGCCCUAGCUGAAGAACCCCCAGCUGACCCAAUAACUUCAGAAGAUGGUGAAAAGAAAGAGUAAAAAAAAGUCACUUCUUUCCAUAUAGGUCUUCCCUUUUUCAAAAGAUUUGUGAAUUGUAGUGGAGUUGAUAUGUAAGCUGUCAUUAGUAUUGUUUUUUGUAGGUUGUUGCACAAUAUAACCCAUGCAUUUUUUAAUCUAUAUGCUAUGAUUAAAAAAAACAUUAGUUACCAAACAAUAUGAUUUACAAGAAUAGCAUCGUGUUUCUUAAUUUAGCUUUAUGAUUGAUUUUAUUAUUUUUCUAUAUCUAAGCCUUUGAAAAAUUACCUUGUUCUCGGUUAGUAGCGGACCACUUAGAGUGAGAUUUAUAUAUUCCGAAUUAUAGCUUUCAAACCUGAUCAAUAUUAUUACUUAUAGAAACUAUAGAAUUUAAAUAACUGCUCAUCUUCAAAUAAAUGUCCCAUUUUUACUACAUCCAAAACAAGUGCUACACUGAACCAUGCAGUUCAUUCAAAAUCAAAUUUUCUGCCUCUCCAAAAUAGUUUUUAAAAAUAUUAAUUUUAAAUCUAUAAUAAAAAUAGUAUGUUUGACUUCACAAAAGAAA